GAGAGAGGAAAAAUCCCUGCCAGGGCACGUCUGAACUGUGACUGCCCCGCCCAUUACUAGUCCUGUGGUUCUGCACCUGCCUCACCACCCCUGCCACUUUGAGCGCAAAACCUCCCCGGAGCUGCUUCACCUGCACUGCAGCGUUUCUCCAGCCCGCACCGCUCCAUCCGCCUCUGCUGCAGGGGCCGAGGCAUCACCGUCCACUGCUGCACAGGUAAUGCAACAUGAGGAGCAACCGCACCUCCAGCUGAUGAAGAAGACGCAGCGGUAGAGAAGGAGGAAGAACAGGGGGAGAAAUCGGUGCAAGAACCCGGUGAGUGUUUCAUGCUGGAUAAGAGGAGGAGAGGAAGCGCGUGCGUCCACGCGUCCUUGCACCACGGGGUCGUGAGCUCAGUAACGCAGGAGGUGGACGGAAACAUGCACUAUAAGUGACAGUAGGAAGCAGGUAGCCUACUAAACAAGAGCACGCACCCUCCGGACCUCCUCAGUGAACUUUACCCGCUGAGCUCUGACGCGAUGGGUGCUGCCGCCGCUUCUGCUCCUGCUCUGGGGGAAGUUGGAGGCGUCUUGCACGGAAUCGACGGUGUCGCACACGUCGGGUCCCAUUUCUUCCUGAGCCCUCUGGGGGACAGUCCCACGCUGCUGCUGGGGGAUCACCUGGUACCCGGGGACAGGCUCUCCCGGAGCACCGCAGCGGAUUUAACGCACCUCAAAGGGAUCCUGAGGAGGAGACAGUUGUACUGCAGGACUGGGUUUCACCUAGAAAUGCUUCCGGAUGGCACAGUACAGGGGACGAGGAAGGACCACAGUCGUUUUGGUAUUUUGGAAUUCAUAAGUCUUGCUGUUGGGUUGAUAAGCAUUAGAGGGGUGGACAGCGGACUCUACCUAGGCAUGAACAACAAAGGAGAGCUGUAUGGUUCUGAUAAGCUCUCGGCCGAAUGUGUCUUCAGGGAGCAGUUUGAGGAGAACUGGUACAACACAUACUCCUCCAACCUCUACAAGCACGGAGACAAAGGGACGCGUUAUUUUGUGGCAUUAAACAAAGAUGGGACACCAAGGGAUGGGACUAAAUCCAGGCGACACCAGAAAUUUACCCACUUCCUGCCCAGGCCCGUGGACCCUGACCGUGUACCGGAGCUGUACAGAGACAUCCUGGGGCACAGCUGAGACCUGCAGGGGAGGCCUGGUGCAGAUCAGGAAUAGCUGCUGAAAACCCUCGCAGGCAGGGAGCAGAGAAGAGAGAGAGGGACGCAGGAGGGGAUGAUGCCUGGGCAAGCUGGUGGACAGCAGCCUGGCCGGCAGGGGAUGAAGGUACCGGGGGCCUCUUGUAGGAAUGCACGGGCCAUCUCUCAGCAGCCAGGACGACAGGUUAGAAUGUCUGCACGCUUGGCAUGAGGGGGGUCAUUUGUUUCGGGGGCCGGACGACCCUCACAAGUACCUGCGCGGAAUAGGAAACGGAGCUGGAUGGUCAGUGAGCAUCUCCUCUGUCGUGUGUCGGACAGAGACGUCAGUCAGUCCAUGUGUCAUCUGUGGGAAUCUGCAGCAUCACCACCUGGUACUUUUCAUUUGGUUGCUGCUUCAGAGAGCCACAUUUUGUUCAGAAGGACUUUGAAGGAAUUCUGUUUUGUUUUUCUUACCUGUGUCUAGACCUGUUUAAACAGAGCAAAGUGUAACAAUUUAUUUAUUCCUUUUUAGAUACAUAUAUUUAUGUUAUAUAUUUAUUUAUUUGAGAAUAUAUUUUUACAGUAUGCGAAAUAGAGAAACCACUAGAAAUUGUAUUGACUAUAUAAAGACUGAGACACUGUACCAUUAAGUCUUUUAUUUUGAAAAAAAUCAUCCAGUGAUGUACUGUAAUAUGACCAAAAAUAUGAAACAUAGCAAAAUAUCGAAUACACCCCCAAUUUUGAAAUGUAUUAUAUCACAAUAAGAUAACUGUGAAUCAAAUUUUAAGGAAAUUCUUUGUCUUUUUGACAGUGAUUACAACCAAACUACUGUUACUUGUGUUUUAAGCAGAAUCUGAAGUUGACGUACUGACAAUUCAAAUAAUAAAUUGCUCAAAAUGUGACUAAAAAGCCUUUUUGUCAGCCUGUAUGAUUAGAAGGGACUUUGUUAUAGGCUCAUUUUAACAACUUUUGACUUUUAACAGCGCAAUAUUUGAAAAAGAUGUUUACUUUACUCGUAGCCUUCGUCUCUUAGAGUUUAAACGUAUAAACCUGCUUAUGAGAUCAAUGUUGUCUUUCUUUAUGGACAUCAUUAUGCCGAGGGACGAGUCGUAGACCCGAUGCACGCAUAAAACUUCAAAGUGUCCCCUCCUGAAUGCUGCGAGGCUGCACAGUGACACGAUCAGGACCAAAUAAAACCUGACCUUUUGCUCAGGCCCUGCAGCUUUAGCAGCUGUAUAAAACUGGAGGUCAGAGCGAUAAGGAUUAAGUAACCUCUGCUGACAGUUUGAGGAUUGCAGACUUGUUGAAAAGUCUUAUUAAACAGUGGAAUGCAAAGGUGGCCAAGGCAUCUUUAAAUCUACAAGUGCACUGCCUGUUCUAAACCUGCCGGUGGGGAAUGGGCUGUUUGUUUGGACUGUGUUAAUGCCCCGGAGCAACUUCAGAAUUAUUCUUUUCCACUAGUGAGUCCUCCUCAAACAGUCCUACAAUAUAUCGUCAUUUGCAUAGUGAAGUUAGAAAACUUUGCGUUCAUUAUAUCUGGUUUAUCUGCAAUGAAGAAAAUUUAUAGUCGAUGUUUUUAAUAAGAUGAAACUGAAUUUGCUGUAUUA